AUGGAUGGCCCCUGCAUACCUUCAGGCCAUACAGCCCGGCGCUUCAUACGAAACUGCAAAAAGCUGGAGCGGAUACUUGCCUCCAUAAAGAUAAUAACAACUUCCUUCAUCCCACAAAGACGUCUACAGCUUCUCGGGAUCGAUCUCAAUGACCUGGAUAUCUAUUCGGGUAUAACCUCGCCUUCCGUUACACGCUACUUCAUGCCACGAACAGAUACUCCCGCGAUCUCGCAAAUAUGCUCCGAUGCAAGCUGGGAUUGGUUUUUAUCACAAAAAGGGAAUUUCUGUAACGAGACUCAGCUUGCAAGCUACUUACUGCGGCGCGUCUUUAUGGACUAUCAGGACUGGAGUAUUCCGAAUGUUUCUCAUUACCAGCUCGACGGAGCGAUAAGCGGAGAGGAGAGUGAUACAGAUCCCGUUGUUCAGGAGUUGGAUGACCUUGACAAUACUGACGAUGAUAAUGAGAGCAAGAGUGAGGACACCUCAGAUGAUGAAGAAAAAGCUGAGACGAAAGAAAAGAGUGGGGAUAAGGCAAAAGACGGGGAACCUAUCAGUUCUGGAGAAUAUGAUUCCAGUGAUGAAAGCAGGGAUGAGAGCUGCGACGAGGGUUGUGGAGAAUCCGACGAGAGUCACGAGGGAAGCAAAGAAAGUGAUGAGAAAGACAAAGACCACCAUGAGAUGGUGGUUAUAGAUAGGUUGGACGAGAACAUCCGUAAUUAUAGGACACCUGACUGGUUGAUAUACCGAUUCCAAAGCCUCUUUGGUCUUGAUAUCCCAGACAAACUACAUAGAUUCGGUGUUAUCAGAUCAAUGGAGCUGAACCUUAUCCAUCAGUGCCAUACAUGGGCUCUGAUAGAUGUGAACCUAUGCGGCGACAAUCAUCCCUCGACUUCCGAGCUCCUAGCCCUGGUGAGCUGGAAUUUAAGAGGCAUGUACAGCCAAAGAGAAACGCUUGUGGGCGAGAUUGAACCAGAGAAUGCCCCAGUUCUCAAUUACGUUUUUCCGACUAUCAUUGUAACAUUCGACAAGCAGUGUUGCGCCCGCGUGCUGUACGGUUACUUCGAUGGUAGAUUCCAAGUUCAGUUUACGCCGAUCCUGGACUUUAAUGAGUUUACCAUGGUCAUAUCGGAAGACCUGGAUGAUUACUUGUCUCGAAUAGACAAGAGGAACUACUAUGAUAUGAUGCAUUCCCUGCUUCGUUGGGCAUGGCCUCUGCCCCAUCAUCACACCGCAGAAGAAUAA